CACCAGGGGGCUAAAGCUAAGCGAGGUGACAAGGGUGAUACAGGGUUUAAAGGAGACCUGGGGCCUCCAGGGCCUCCAGGUCAACAGGGAUUAAAGGGGCGUCGAGGCCCAUCAGGGUUUGAGGGACUUGGAGGACCAACAGGGCCACCGGGAUUUCCUGGACCCAGUGGCUUUGAUGGCAUCAUGGGGGAGCAAGGAAAGCAGGGAAAAGAUGGACCAAAGGGAGAUCGUGGGCCAACUGGUAUUCAAGGAACUCCUGGGCCUCGAGGUGACAAAGGUCGAGAGGGUCGAGCAGGAUUUUCGGGGCUGCCUGGUCCUAUUGGAGAGAUGGGAAAAUCUGGAGAGAGAGGACACGAAGGAGAACCUGGUAUUAAGGGAAGGCUUGGAGUCCCAGGGGUGACUGGACCUAAAGGCCUGAAGGGAUUUCAAGGUCAUUUGGGAAACAGGGGACAGGAUGGAGCUCGUGGAGCCCCGGGCCCUGUUGGUGCAAAUGGAAUGAAUGGGGACACUGGACUUCGAGGACCAAAAGUGAGUUUUUAA